AUGAAAUCCGGAAAUCCUAGACUUGACUGGUAUAGCCCACAUCCACCUCCAGCCUCCCCACCCCUCAUCUCCUCAGGAGCCAGCUCUGGAGUGACAUGUGCCCGUGGUUGCCAUGUGAUUGCUGCUAAGUGUGUUUGGUGAGAUGGAUUGACUCUUCAAAUGGGUGGAACAGAGCGUCUUUGGUUACUUGCUAGUUUAUGUCAGGUGGUAUUGCUGACCUGUGAAAAGCAUUCAAACCCUGUUGAGGUUAAAGCUGUGUUUCACUCCUUCCCCUUUGCUCAACAUCCAGACAGCUAUACAGUCACCUGCAGGACUGCAAGUAACCAUCUGGUGUACGUGGAGCCCAUUCACUCAACAUGUGCUCCUGACUGCAAGAUGUCACUGUGGUUGGUUGAGGACCCAAGAGGCUAUAAUAUCACAUUGAGAGCCAGCAGGAAUAAUACCACGCUUGAAGCAAAGACCUUUCACUUCAUUCCAGUCUUCUUGUCCUCUCUUCGUAUAUUCAGCACAACCACUACUGCCCUCCUGACAUGGGAACUCCACAGGCAUCAAAGCCUGUCUACCUUGAGUCUAUACAACACUCACACACAAUCUGUCACACACAACUUCAACAUUAACUCAUCAGAGGCAAAGUCCCGGUACGCAGUGAAAGAUCUCCAACCUGGCACACGCUUCAAGGCCCAAGCUGUGAUCACUACAUCCAUAAAACACCUCAAUAUUACCUUGAAGCAGAGACUCAGCAUUGGCAUAGAAACAGCUAAAUGUCACACUGGCUGGUUGGCCAAUAGGAGAAGCUGCUACUCUGUGAGAAGAGCAGGUUUGGCCUGGAGGGAUGCCCAGCACAGCUGUAGAGUGCAGGCAGCUGGAAGUCACCUGGUCAACCUAAAAACCUUGGAAGAUCUGCGUUUUGUUUCUUCUCAUCUGCUGAGACACAACGCCUUGCUGCUGCUAUGGACUGGACUCAAUGACCUACAGGAGGAGGGCCAAACCCUCUGGUCAGACGGCUCAACCUUCAACCUGACAGACACUAUUAUGUCAUUAUUGCCAGCCAAUCAUACAGACUGUUUUGCUCUUCAGAGGAAUGCCACAGGACCAGGAUACUUUCUCACUCCCUUCUUCUGUGACAUCCCCCUACCCUUCAUCUGCCAAUACCAGACCCCUCCAGUCCCUGCUUCGUUCUCCUUCGACCUGGUUCAGGUGACAGAGCAACAGGUAGAGCUUCGUUGGAAUGACCUCUCACACCUAAACUCACUUAAUCCUUCAUCGUUUGAGAUGUUCCUCCAGUAUCAAGAGGACACAAAGGGAGAGUCAAGUCAAGAUGGAAAGGUUAGAAGCAGGAAGUGGCCAGAGGACAACAUAGGGACCCAGGGGAGUGUUAAAAAAGUUGUGAAGGUCCCCAUCUCCCUCUCCUCUAGAGGGGUAACUGUGGCAGGUUUAUCUCCAGGAAGCAUCUACUCGUUCAGCCUUCAAGCCUCCCACCCUGCUGGUGCCACCUGGAGCUUGGGACUAACACAAACUGCAUACACGAGACCUCUUUCUCCACAAAAUAUCACUACUGGCCCCAUAACAUUCUGUCAGAUUAGUGUUCACUGGAUGAUGACAGAAGCACUGUACUUGGCUGAAUGGACAUUUGUUGUACAUUAUGUGGACAUGUCUUCAAAACAAGAAAGGAUAGUUGGAAUGAACAACAUCUCCAAGUCAUCUCUGGUUGGUGGGUUACAGUCAUACACUGCUGUGAUUGGAGGGCUGGAGUCUUACAGGAAAUACAGGGUUGAAGUUUACACAGUCACCCAGCAUGGGAUUGAGAGCUGUGGACAGGUGCAUUUGACUGUCCAAACAGCGGUGAGGCCUCCCAGUGGUCUGCUGGUGUUGAGUACAAAGGAAAACCUGACUGUCUGCUGGACCCGUCCUCCUGAUAACCCUCCAGAGUAUUAUAUCACUUCCCACCCUGUCAAUAAUCCCAGUGCUUCUUCGCUGUGGAUAAACCAAUGCAGUCCUGGUGCACCCUGUGUAAAUGAGUCAGUAUGUGUUGAUUUGGGCACUUUUACUCCAGGUCAGACUUAUGACAUAGGAGUUGUUGCUCUAAGGGGAAACGACAGGAGUCAGAGGACCAGCCUCAUGCACACCACAGAUCCAAUGCCAGUUCAGGUUGCCGUUCCUCUUCCAGUGGGCACAAAUUCUGCACAGCUGUACAUCCAACAUCCACAGUUGGGUCUAAUUGACGGGGUGAAAGUAUGUCUAUGUCCGGACAUAUGUGACCAUGUAUGUGAGGGAUUGUGCGGGUAUACUUGUCACUGGCACUCCCUCUGUGCUGGAGAUCAUAACAUAACCCUCAGCAACCUCCGUCCAGGAUCAAAAUACCAGCUCAGUGUGUACAGUACCAGCCGACAGCAGACAGGACCACCUUACUACACCCACCCUUUUAAAACAAGUCUGGCCCCUCCCAGCAGAGUGAGGGAAGGUGUGGUGACUGAUUCAUCCAUAGAAUUGCUUUGGGAUCCAGCACAAGGACAUGGUCAUAGCUACGAGGUCAUCUGUUUCAACUGUGACUAUUCACUCACGGUGCAGAAGGUAUUCAUUGAGAGUGCAGUAUUUUCUAGUCUGACUCCAGGCAGACUCUACCACUUUGCAUUAAGAACAGAGAAGGAGUCCUUCACAGACAGUUCCCCUGUCACCAUCAACAUUACUGCAGCUCCCAGCCCCGUGGAGAUGUCUCUUAUCAAUAAAACCAUAUCUUCCAUAUGCAUUAGAUGGAAUGCGGUCAGGGGUGUAGUCAGUGGACUCAUCCUGUCAAUCACAAACAGAACAUUCAAUCAAGAGCUGAUCAUUUUUCAUCAAGAGUCCAGAUUUUACACUUUUGAAGGCCUCGCUCCUGGAAGCCGAUAUACAAUGGCGGUGAUCAGCACCAAUGGGGAAAGGAAGAGUAAACCUGCUACUAUUAUCCUCUGUACUAUCCCAGAGGUGCCACAGGAAGUGGCUCUAGCGGAGCAGGUAGUAACGUCUGUGUUUGUCACGUGGAGAGAACCACCAGGACAGGUGGAGGGGUACAAGCUUGCCUGUGGCCUGCUGUCUGUGGGCAGGAAAUUAUGGAUAGAGGUUCUUGUCCAGGGCACAAGUUAUGAGAUCAGGGAUUUGAUCCCAGGGUCAGACUACGGCAUCAGCAUUCAGAGUGUGCUGGGCUCAGACACCAGUCAAGCAGUCCGCAGAGAGUUCAGCACACGCCCAGCAGGAUUAUGUGCACUUCGUUUUGGUGAUGUCAACGUUUCCUCUGUCUCUGUGAGCUGGGACAGAGCAUUUGGUGAGUUUGACUUCCACAGAGUCACAGUGGCCAACGCCUCGGUCACAAACACACUCACCAUACCCAAGGAGGAGCAGGCUGUUGUUGUUACAGGGCUAGUGGAUGGCUGCAGCUACAAUGUGAGCGCUGAGAGGGUCAGAGGAGUGACAGCAGGGAGCACGGCCUUUCUGACUGUGACCACAGUGCCAUCCUGUGUACGAGGAGUGCGUGUCGUCAAUGUGUCUGCACGUGCAUUCUCACUACGUUGGGAGCAGGCAGUGGGCUGUGUGGAUCAUUACAAAGUGAAUCUGCAUCCUAGCCAGGGAACAGUCACACUGCACCAUGCACAUGAUGGAUACAUUCAGGCCAAUGUGAAUAGUGUCAGUCCAGGGACACAAUACACUGUCACGGUCACAGCAGUGUCCUCCUCCAACUUCAGCCCUGGAGUCAGCCGCAUGAUCACUACUAACGAGAGUGUUCCUGGUCCACCUACAGGACUAGAAGGAGAGGCUGUGGGCUCUAACGGUAUUCUUCUCUCCUGGAUCAUGCCAUCUGAUGCCAACAAUAUUGAAGGAUACGUAAUCAGGUACAAGGAGGUGUGUCCCUACCCCGAUCCCUCCUUCACACAGGUGACCAAGUAUUUGGACAUACCAGAGACUCUGCUCACUGACUUCACAUCAGGUUCUACGUACCACAUUCAGGUAGCAGCCAUAUCCUCAGCCGGCACAGGAGCAUUCAGCAAAUCUUUGUACAUAAAGACUGCUGAGUCCCCCCCUGGCCUGGUGACCAACCUCACUGCAUUUGCCCAGAAUCACACCUUCGUCAUGGUCACCUGGUUCCUGCCGCACCGCAUCAAUGGCCUCAUCACAAAGUUUGGAGUCAAAACUAAACAUGCUCGCACAGGGCAGACAGUCCGCAUACUGGAGGUCAAUGCAGAGGACAUAAUGACUGGAGCGCUGCCUCACUGCAAUGAUGCAGCUGAUAUUCUGUCUCGUGCGACUCUCAGUCCCUUGGAGAUGACAGCAUCCUCUCCACCAAUCACCCUCUCCGCUGUGCCCCCUGCAGCCUCCUGGAGUGUGCCUAUAUCAGUAGGAGUUGAUCAGCUACGACCUUACACUGCCUAUCUCUUUGAGGUGUCUGCCUUCACCUCUGAUGGAGAGGGACAGAUAGCUUCCACUAUGGUCCGCAUGCCAGAAUCAGCCCCAGAAGACCCACCACAAUACCUCUCCAUAUUGAAUAUGACGUCUAGAUCAAUCUCCGUGGCCUGGAACUCUCCCAACAUUAUCACAGGAAAAUUCACCUACACGGUCUACCUUUAUGGGCCUACAGGAUAUUUGUAUGAGAACAACACAGGAGAUACACGGUUUGCUUUUACUGGUUUGACUCCUUACACAAGGUACACAAUCGCUGUCCGUGCCAGAGCUGCAGGAGAAGUGGGUCCAGCGGCACAGGAUGAUAUAAUUACACCUGCUGAAGCACCCAGCGCAGUGCAGGACCUGGUGGCAAUAGCUGAGGAUUCGGUUUCAAUCCGUGUUAGUUGGAAAAGCCCUGCUGAGCGUAAUGGUCCGAUUAUCCAGUACAGACUGCUGGUGCUGGUUGAUGAAACUCUAUUGCAGGACAUUACCCUUACAGCAGAUUUGGGUGUGAAUACAACUGAUGUAUACAAAAAGACACUUUUCCCUGAGCUACAUAACAGUCCAGAGCGACGUAAGAGAACUGCUGAGCUCAGUCUUAUCACCUCUCCGCCAACUUUCACUGCCACUAUUUCUGACCGCACACAGCCAAUCAGCGUGACUGUUUCUAGCCUCACAAGUGCUGACCAGAGCACUAACACUGGCAGUCGACCCAGCAUGGACUUUAAUCCUACUGCUGACCCCACAGCCACUGAGAAGCCCAGCAAAACUAACACUGCUUCACACUCUGACAGCACAGAUAUUCAAUCUUCUGACCCUACAGUCUUUGGGACGUCUGCUUUUUCUCUGACCUCUGUGCCACCUGCUACACUUCCACCCUGGCUGACUAAGCAAACACAGGUUGGGGGUAUGACCUCUGACUCGUCCCCCUUAGGACUAACCUCAGGCCAGCUUCGCCUGUCCACAUAUGAUGCAUCAGUUACAGGACACUUUUCAACACGCAGUGGAGCAGGUUCUGGUACAACAGGUGUAACAGUAAGACAGGAGGUGGUGGAUGUUUUGUCUGAGGAGUUGUCUUACCUGGUGUCAGAUCUGAAUCCCUUCACUGAGUACACAUUCAGGGUUGCUGCUUCCACAACUGUGGGAGAGGGCCCAGCCACAGAUAUUACUGAGAAGACCAGAGAGCAGGUGCCCAGCUCAGUGCUUGAUGUCUCCUACCAGAACAUCAGCUCCACCUCCAUACUUGUGAGCUGGGUCCCACCACUCAACCCCAAUGGACGGAUCACACAUUACACUGUCUAUGGCCUCAAAAUGCACAGUAAUCAGGCCCUGAAGUGGGUUACAAGCACUACCAGCAUACUGAUAUCAGAUUUGGACAAGUAUACUGGCUAUAAGUUACGUGUAGCUGCAUCUACAGCUGUGGGAGAGAGCUCUCUGUCCGAGGAAGAUGACAUCUUUGUUUUCACCUUAGAAGAUGAACCGGACUCCCCCCCUGUAAACCUCACUGUGAUCGACACCCACCCCCCCACUGCCACACUGACCUGGUCUGCACCAGAGAAGGCCAACGGAGUGAUCCAACAUUACAUGGUCUUCUAUGAAAAUGAAUCAUAUUCUGCUUUCAAGAACACUUCAUCUAACAGAGUCACCCUGAUGAACCUGAAGCCAUUCACCUAUUACAAUGUAACUGUGAUGGCGUACACGCGCUAUGGCAACGGAAACCAAACGUCAGACACUUUAUACCUGCUGUCUGGAGAGGAUGUCCCAGGAAGUCCUCCGUACAACCUCUCCUUUCAGUCGGUCAGUCCCAGUGAGGUGAACGUGACCUGGCAGCCUCCUCUGGUGCCUAAUGGGAUAAUUACCCACUACAGCCUGGAGCUUUGGAAUUCCAGUCAUUACCUGAACCUCACUUCCCCGACCAACUACAUCCACAUCACGCACCUGAGGAAGUUUGCACACUAUCGAAUCAUGGUGCAGGCACACACACGUGUCGGGCCAGGAAACUACAGCAGCGAGCUGCUCAACAUCACCACACUGGACGAUGCUCCAGAUACACCACCUCAGUUCCUCCUUGCCAGGAAGCUGUCAGACUAUGAAGUUGAGUUGUCAUGGCAACCACCACUUGAAGCCAAUUCAGACAUACUAUACUACAUUGUCAGAGUUUGGAAUGAAACGACGGAGCUGUGGCAGAAUGUAACAGCAACAUCAGUGGUUAUUAAUGUGGACUCAGAGAGUCGCUACAAUGCCUCGGUCUCUAGCUGGACGCGUUUAGAGCCAUCUGACCCCCCACAGAAUGUAACUUUUGCAAAUGUGACCGCCUCCUCUGUCACCUUACGGUGGCACCCACCCACUGAGCCCAAUGGAAUCAUUAUACGCUACACCAUUUACUACAGCAAUAAUAACACUGUGACUGAGCAGAGGGUUCCCAUUUCAGACUUAGCUGUCCCUGGCUCUCCCGAUUCAGCCCUCUCAAAAACUCUGACUGGGCUGAUUGGGGGCACUAACUACACCAUAUGGAUGACCUCCAGCACUCUACAGGGGGAUGGAGGGGUCCAGAGCGAGCCAAUAACUGUGUUCUUACCUGAGGACGUGCCAAGUGACUCAGUCCACAACCUGACAGCUCAGCUCUUCAGCUCUACCGCCAUCAUCGUGAGCUGGGACCCUCCUCUGGAGCCAAAUGGUCGUCCCCACUACCUGCUUACCUUGCAGGAAGCUGGCAUCCCCCCAAAUCUACCCAACCAAGCACCUCCAGUUGUCAACAAGACCAUCAAGCAUAUCACCAACGACAAUGUCUUCCUAUUCACCAAACUCAGGAAGUAUUUUCCUUAUGUGCUGACUGUUACCCCGGCAACUGGCGCUGGCCCAGCCUACAACCAUACUAGCACAAUGUACCUGAGAACAGAUGAUGAUGUUCCCAGUACGGCUCCAUUACUGGUGUCCACCAUGAACCUGUCGUCAUCUUCUAUCGCAGUGGUCUGGCAGCGCCCUCUGGAGGCCAACGGGGAGAUUACAGAGUAUACUCUCACGCUGUUCGGCCCAAGGGGCACCAACACAACACAUACCCCCAAUACCUCAUUCAUCCUCACUAAUCUAUUUCCAUACACAGCUUACAAUCUCACUGUCACGGCCGCAACACGUAAAGGCUCGGGGCCCUUUCUGCUGCUGCUGCUACACACUGAUGAAGGAGGUCCCAUGUCGUCUCCGGUUAACCUGACUAUAUACAACCACACAGACGUCUCUGUGUGGCUGAGCUGGGAGCCUCCUCUGGAGCCCAAUGGAGUGGUGAUACAGUACGGCUUUAGGAUCCGAGACCUCAUCACACUCACCGUCACACACCGGAAUUCCUCCGGUCCGUCAACCACAGAGUAUCUAACAGGCUUCAGGCCUCAUAGCUCCUACGAGAUCAGUGUUUACAGUUACACCAGAGUGGGCCACGGGAAUCAGUUCAGCAGCCCUGUGACCUUCACAACUAACGAGUCAGUGUCUGAUGCUGUGGGGAACCUGUCUUGCUCAGGAGUGGGCUGGGAUUCAAUUCUGCUAUCUUGGGAACUUCCAGCCAACCCUAAUGGGCAGAUCCUGUUUUAUGAGAUUCUAGUGGAGGUAGACUUGCAGUCCUUCACACACAAGGCCCACACACCAGAGUACACAGUGACUGGGCUUUCACCAGACCAGGAGUAUGCACUGACUGUGGCUGCAGUCAACUCUGCAGGACCUGGAGACAGAAUUAACUGUACUGCUUCCACUCUUUCUGAAUCAGUCCCAGCUGCCCCUCGCUUCUUCACAGUCUCUCAGGUCACCCCUAACAAUGUGACACUUCAGUGGGCUCCACCGCUCUCUGUUCCAGGCCUGCUGAAAGAGUACCACAUUAUUGCACAGCUGCUUUCAACUGUUUGUGAACCUGACAUCUUAACUACUGCACAGCCGGCCCCAGAGGACGAACCAAACCCGAAUUGUGUGGACUCUGAUGUCACCGUCUCAGUGACUGCUUCAGAUGGCAAUGAAGGGAACCAGAGCGUUACACUCCAAUCCCUGGCUAAAUACAGAUACUACCGCUUCAAAGUGGCUGCUGUGACAAACGCCGGAGUUGGAGAAUAUACACACUGGAAUUAUGCACGCACCCUUGCUGGGAACCCUGAUGUCCCUCCCCGUAACCUAAAAGUGACCCCCACAUCCAACAGCCUUCAUAUUGUGUGGGAUGCUCCAGCUGUUCUCUCUGGACCAACUUCGUAUCUUGUGCAGGUGGAGGGUCCUGGUUUGAACUACUCAAUGAUCCGGGCUCCAGGAGGGUUGACAACUGUCGUGGUGACAAACUUGACUGCUUUCACCCAUUACUUUGUGACUGUCACUGCCUUCACCGGUCCAGUGGAGCACGCUGCCAGGGAUGGGAAGGCCAUCAUGCCCAUUGACUUUCAAACACUGGAGGAAGAGCCCAAAGAUCCACCCAAGAAUGUGAUCAUAUCAGUUAUCCCAGAAGAGGUGAACCGUGUAAAGGUGACCUUCACCCCCCCAGAGGAGCCCAACGGAAACAUCACUGCCUACUUUGUGUAUAUCUAUGAAAAGGAGCAGCUGGUCAAGAACAUCAGCCUUAAUAUCACCCAAAGAGACCAUAAUAUGCUGACUGCUGUCAUAGAAGGCCUAAAAGGAGGUCACAUAUAUAGUAUACAGAUUUCAGCCAAGAAUGGGGCAGGUAGGAGCCCACCCAGCGCUCACGUCCAGAUAACAACAGGGAUCAAAGCGCCAGCCAAGCCAACCCAAAGACCCCAGGCAGUGCUGGGCCAUGGAGGGGUUGCCAUGGCUACCCACAGGAGUAUCACCAUCCGCAUGCCUGCCUGUUUCUAUAGUGACGACAAUGGACCAAUCACAAGAAUUCAGGUCAUCGUGGCCGAGUCAGGGGCGAAGGACAUCGUGAACCUGACCAACUGGAAGAAUGCAUUUUUUCAUCAUCCUGCACCUUACCUGACUAACAAGGGGUUCCCCAACCCGGCAUGUUUGGGGAACGGGGCUGUGUCUGGAGACAGCCGGCACCUGGUGAGGCACAAUCACACUACGUCAGGAACAUACGUGAUCGGAGAGAGUGAUGCCUGUAUGGAGGAGAACAACACUAACACUUUCUGCAAUGGACCUCUGAAGCCUAACACUGUCUACGUGUUUAAGUUCAGAGCCACUAACAUCAAAGGCCAAUACACAGACUCUGAGUACUCGGAGCAUGUCAAAACCAAAGUGGAUGGUCUGUUGACCAGAGAAGAGCAGAUCAUUCUGGGUGUUCUCCUCUCUUUCUUUUUGGCUGUGUUACUCAUCGUUAUCAUCUGUGGAUCAGUCAAGAUCCAUCAACGCAAGAAGGAGGGCGGGACUUACUCACCCAGAGAGGCAGAGAUCAUUGAGACCAAGUGUAAACUGGAUCAGCUGAUUGCUGUGGCAGAUCUGGAGCUGAAACAAGAGAAACUCAACCGGUAUUCUUCCUUCUUCUUUAGACGGAAAGAGAUAUAUGUCAUCCAGCUGCUCAGCUACAGGAAAUCACUCAAGCCCGUCAACAAGAAGUCUUUUCUUCAGCAUGUAGAGGAUCUGUGUGCCAAUGACAACUCAAAAUUCCAGGAAGAAUUUGCUGAGCUCCCAAAGCUGCUGCAGGAUCUGGCCACAACAGAUGCUGACCUGCCCUGGAACAAAUCCAAGAAUCGCUUCCCUAAUAUCAAACCUUAUAAUAACAACCGAGUGAAGCUGCUGUCAGAACCAGGCACUGCAGGCUCUGACUACAUCAAUGCCAGCUUCGUCUCAGGCUACCUGUGUCCCAAUGAAUUCAUAGCCACCCAGGGUCCUCUGCCUGGCACAGUGGCUGACUUCUGGAGGAUGAUCUGGGAAACGGGAACCCGCACCAUCGCCAUGCUCACGCAGUGUUACGAGAAAGGCAGAAUUCGGUGUCACAAGUACUGGCCAGAGGACAACAAGCCAAUGUCAGUGUUUAGUGACAUUUUAAUCUCAAAAGUAUCAGAGGAAAUCCUUCCUGACUGGACUGUCAGAACCCUCAAAGUAGAAAAGCACGGGCACUACAUUUUGGUUCGCCACUUCAACUACACAUCAUGGCCUGAACAUGGGGUCCCAGAAUCCUGUAGCACUUUCAUCAAGUUUGUCAAAGCUGUCCGAGCUCACAGGCAUGACAACACCACUAUAGUGGUCCACUGCAGUGCUGGUGUGGGUAGAACAGGUGUGUUUAUUGCCCUCGACCACCUCAUUCAGCAUGUCAGAGAUCACGACUUUGUGGAUAUUUAUGGCCUGGUGGCUGAACUGCGCAGCGAGAGGAUGUGUAUGGUACAGAAUCUGGCUCAGUACAUCUUCCUGCACCAAAGUACUCUGGAGCUUCUAAACAACAAAGGCAACAGUCAAUCCAUCUGGUUUGUCAGCUAUUCUGCUCUGGAGAAGAUGGACUCCCUGGACGCCAUGGAAGGUGAUGUAGAACUCGAAUGGGAAGAGACCACUAUGUAAAGACUGACUAAGGGACAACUUUGCCUGAGGAAGAGUGUAUUUUUUUGGCGUCAUUUGGAGGCGGCCUGAACACAGAACCUGGACAUGAGCACCUCCGCUGUCCAAGGUUCAAGAAGGAAGGAGGAAGAGAAACAGGAGGUUACCAGCACAGUCUGAACUGAAUGGUUUGUCAGUCGACUAAGACUAUGUUGCUCCACUUCAACCCACUUCUCAGAGCAAUCCUCCCUUCAGUGAACCUCUUGUCCACUGGUUUUAAAGAGAUGGAAAGAGACAGAAACAGCACUUCAGAAAUAACGGGGAUAAAAGCUCUAUCACAUCUGUAAGCCUACAGGUACUCUGCACAAACUGAUUUCACUGUGUACUGUAAUUACUUUAUUAUAUUGAUAUCUUCUAUGUUUUUGUAAGAUAAUUUA